CCUUAGCUUUCCAGUGCCAGGUUAGUUUCAUCCCAACUCGUGUAGCGACCGGUCGCAUCCGUUCCAUGCAGAGGAAAAGCAGUAUUGCCGUGCAGGUGUAAAAUCAGAUCCACUUAGCCUAACUACCUGGCCCAAGUCCGUGAGGAUAUUCAUCAGGUGUCACCGUCUCGAAUCAACCUCGAACAGCUUCAAAGCUUCGGAAAAUGGCUUCUUCCCUAAACGUUGAGUCGCCCAAUGUGCACUACAGUGAUAAACAUAUCGAAGUGGACUACCAGUACCAGACCACGUCGGUUCUCGCGGAAGGCCCUGCAGGAUACACGGUGCGUCCUGAAACUACCGAGUUGAGCAUCCGCACGGAACGCCAUGUGCCCAAGCUAGGUCUGAUGCUCGCUGGAUGGGGUGGAAACAACGGUUCCACGCUGACGGCCGCUCUGGAAGCGAACAAGCGUGGGUUGGAGUGGAGAACCCGCACUGGCAUGCAAAAGGCCAACUGGUUCGGUUCGAUCACGCAGGCAUCGACCGUCCUGCUGGGAACCGACGCCAACGGGCACGACGUUCACAUUCCGAUGAACAAGCUGGUCCCGAUGGUCAACCCGGACGACAUCGUGGUCGAUGGAUGGGACAUCAGCUCGAUGAACAUUGGCGACGCCAUGGUGCGUGCCAAGGUGCUGGAAGUGCCCCUGCAGGACCAGGUGUACAAGAAGCUGUCCCAGCUGAAGCCCCGCCCGUCGAUCUACGAUCCGGACUUUAUCGCGGCGAACCAGGCCGACCGUGCGGACAACACCAUUCCCGGAACUCGCUACCAGCAGUACCAGCAGAUCGUGAAGGACAUCCAGGACUUUAAAAAGUCCUCGGGCGUGGAGAAGGUGGUCGUUUUGUGGACCGCCAACACCGAGCGGUUCUCCGAGGUUCAGAAGGGAUUGAACACCACCAUGACCGAACUGGAGAAAUCUCUCAAGGAGAACAAGUCGGAAAUCUCACCGUCGACCAUCUUCGCGAUGGCAGCUAUUGCCGAGGGGUGCAUCUACAUCAACGGAUCGCCGCAAAACACCUUCGUACCUGGAGUCAUUGAACUGGCUGAACAUCACGGAGCAUUCAUCGCUGGCGAUGACUUCAAGUCGGGACAAACUAAGCUCAAGUCGGUGCUGGUGGACUUUUUGGUUUCGGCCGGUAUCAAGCCGGUCUCGAUCGUGAGCUACAACCACUUGGGUAACAAUGACGGACGCAACCUGUCCGCGCCGCAGCAGUUCCGCUCGAAGGAGAUUUCAAAGAGCAAUGUCGUUGACGAUAUGGUCGCCUCGAACAACAUCUUGUACAAACCGGAAGAGCAUCCCGAUCAUUGUGUGGUUAUUAAAUACGUUCCGUAUGUUGGUGACAGCAAACGCGCCAUGGACGAGUACACGAGCCAGAUCAUGCUCGGCGGUCACAACACGCUCGUUAUCCACAAUACCUGCGAAGAUUCGCUGCUUGCGUCGCCGCUGAUUCUGGAUUUGGCCAUUUUGGGUGAAUUUUGCUCUCGUGUCCAGAUCAAGAAGAAGAGCGACACCGAGUACUUGCCGUUCCGAUCGGUUCUCUCGAUUCUGAGCUACCUCUGCAAGGCGCCACUGGUUCCGCAGGGUACGCCCGUGGUCAACUCUCUGUUCCGGCAGCGAACCGCCAUCGAGAACAUUAUGCGAGCCUGUGUUGGUCUCCCGCCGCUCAGCCACAUGUCUCUGGAGCACAGGUUCAACCUGAGCGUCUCCUCGGUGGAGCAGCCCCCGGCAAAGAAGAGCAAGGUCGCCAAUGGCUCCGUGACGAAAGGAACUCACCAUUCCAACGGUACCUACACCAACGGAAACGGCGUCCACGUUGAUUGUUAAAGUAGGCACAAAAAAACAGUGCAAAAAUAUCGAGUUUUCAAAAUUCCCGUAGAUUUUAAGCCAAGUAAAGAGAAAAAAAAAAUCAAUUCAGUACAGGAAACACAUGCGAAGGCGUUACGCUCCCAGCUGCAAUCCAUUUCCGGUUUUCGGAUCUCGAAAGAGCACACAAUUCGCAUGUAUCUCGAAGUCUCGAAUGAGAGGUGGUGAUUUUCGCUGGUGUCGUUGGUAAAGUGUUUCGAUAUUAGUUUCAACUGAUGUUGAGAGCACUUUGGUAACGACAUUGGUAACCUUUUUGUAAAAUGGAAAAAAAUAAUUAUGUUUAAGAAAAUUUCCAGUAUCAACAAUCAUGGCCUAGACGUAAAGGUGGUGUUGUUCGUAUAGAAAAAAUGGUGCAAAUAUCAUUCAUACGUUGAGAAAAUUCCAUUUCGUAAAAACUAUUAAAAACUGUAUCAACUGAACUGAACGUUACAAGAAACUGUGUGGGUAGCGUGGAAAAUGCUGUAGAGAUAUUUGAGAAGGUAUAAAAAAUCAUAAACUGACUUCAUUGUAACUUUGUGCCUAAUCAGGUGCCAAAACAUUUUGUAAAUUAAGAAAAGUAUAAUAGUGCAUCACUGCACACUGAUAACAUGUAAAUCCUAAACAAACGUCCCCCCGUAUCAGUAGUAAUUACAGUACUUACACCCUGAAAUCCAAGCCACAACAUUUGUCAGUAAGCUCCCAGGCUCAUACAAGCUCAAGAAGCUUGGAUGUUGGAGUGUUGAUUGAUGUACAUUCUACAACACAACUUAUAUGUAACCAACUGUUUGAAAAUAUAUAAACUAAUCCGAUUAAAAAAAUA